UGUUUAAUGAAGUGGCUCUUUAAUACUAGUAUUAAUUAAUUAUUAAAAUUAUUAAUAAAUAAAAGGAAAUUCAACUUUGGUCUUAGCUUUAACCAAUGAAACUGGUGUGUGUUUAUCCUUGGUUAGGAAUUAGGAUGUGUUAUACUACUUUCAGAUCAAACAUUGGAAUUGGAAUUUCAUAUGAAGCCUACUAUAGAUUACAUAUCUUUCAUUUGCCUAUUCUUGAUUAUGACCUUUUUUAAUUUAUGCUAUUCCAAGUACUGUUGAGACUAUUUUAUUUUUAUUUUUAAAUUUCAUAAGGGUCAAAUUGUAUGCUACUUGGGAAUUUUCUCAUGCUUCCUAUUGGUUAAGAAAAAUGGAAUAUUUGACUUACAAUUUUUAAUUUUUUACUCCAUAGAAUACAAUUUGAUAUUUUGGUUUAUGUUAGAUACAUCAGUAAAUGGUUUUGUUCAAUGGAAAUGCUAUUGAGAAUAUCUUUUAAAGUUCUACAAUCUUGUAAAAAAAACUUAAUAGGAUAGUCUCUAAUUGUAUCAUAUUCCUAUUAUAUGAUUUGUUUAUUGGAUUUUUCAUGUAGUCCAAUAUUGUAGGGUAGUGUUAGAAUUAGCCUAAAGAUAUGAAAAAUCUGACUAGCUAUAUCAUGAUUUAGACCUGAGCUCUAUCUUCUUAUUGUGACUUGUGAGUCAUCUUUUUCAGUCAUUCUCAAUCAUUAUUGUAUGAUUGUGUCAUCAAUAUUUGAUUUCUUGUUAUGUUAUUUUCUUCUAUAUAUUUCAUAGAAAAGUUUAAGUUUUAAUUUUUAGUCUAUGCAAAUGAUAAUGCUAAGUAUGAGUUUCAAUUUGACUUAGCUUUGAUGUUUUACAGAAGCUAAAUACAUGAUACUAAAAACUCUGAUGGAAGAAAAACAGUUGGAUUUUAAUCAGCCAAUUUUAUCAGUAAGGCGAUUCCCAUCAACAGCACAAUCUGAAAGCGACAGUAAAAGGAAAACCGAUAAGCCAAUAUCGAAGAGAACUCGUCUUCCUGGUUACAAAUCAGAGUUAAAAUCAGGUCCGGUGAGUAACCCUGGAACUGUUCCUUUUGUAUGGGAGAAGACUCCUGGAAGACCUAUAGAUGAGAGCAAAGUGCCAACAACAGCUAUUGAAGGGCCUCUCGUCGCUCCUAAGCUUCCACCGGGAAGGGUUUUAAAAGUCGAACAGCAAGAUUUUGAUAAAAUUCCUAAGGGCUCAUCAGUUACUCGGUCCAGAACAGAAAGCACUGUUUCCAAUUCUAUGAGUGUUGCAUCUUUGGAUAGUAAAGAUGCAAAUCAUGACAACCGAAAAGAAGAGAUUUUGGAAAAGGAAAGUUCUGGUUCAGAUAAUGGGGAUGAGACCUAUCUAGAUGCUCGUGAUACACUUUCUAGAACCGAAUCAUUCUUCAUGAACUGCAGUGUGAGUGGUAUGAGUGGAUGUGAUGAUCGAGAGGUUCAACCAUCUGAAACUUUUUCGGCAGAUCAACAGGCUCGUGAUUUCAUGAUCGGUAGGUUUUUGCCUGCAGCAAAGGCUAUGGCUUCUGACACGCCUCAUGUUCAAUACGCCUCGAGGAAGCCAGUUGUGAGACGGGAACAACCCAGACUUGUAAGGAAAGUAGAAAGUGGAGCCAAGAAGUCCCGCCCCUUGGACCCGAAAUGGCAAAAGGUUUUGCCACAUUAUGCACAAGAUACGAGCAUGGAUGAAAGUGAAGACGAAAUCGAUGAUGAUAGAUAUGAAAGCCAUGCACCUAAAGUUUGUGGGUUAUUUCCUCGGUUCUGCCUUUUAAGUCCAUUGCAAGGACUAAGAGUGGAGGAUAAGAUUGUAAAUUCUGCAAUUCAUGGAGUGCAGGGUAAAUCGAUUGUUUCUCGGAGAAAAAAUGCAAAAGAGCAUGCCAGAACUGUUAAUUAUGGGAAAGAGUCCCAAUCUAAGCAUGAUAUUGAUCCACAUCGAAGAGGUUGCGACAAAUUACCAACCUCUGUCAGAACUCGAUUUGAAUCAACCUGUGAAAGCCCUGCCGUUGAGAAAACUCUAUAUGUAGAUUCUGUACAGGAGGUUUCUUCUGAAAUGAAUUGUCGAACUGAUCACAGAGAAGAUGAUUUCGAGACUUUAAGAAAAGACAGCAGCAUCGAUAAAAUUACUUCUAUAGAGUCUUCAAUUGACGAUAGCAAACACAUGGUUGUUGUGGAUGCAAAAUCAGCAUUACAGCCAAAAGAAAAGCAAGGAAGUAACAUAGAUCGCGAUUUUAGUACCGCGUCAAGGCUAGAAAUGGCCGAAGACAAGAAAAUAGAAUCAAAAAAUGAAGUUCCAAGCAAUAAAAUAAGUUCCAACGGACUAAUUCAGAAUCCUGCUCCAUGGAGAAACUUGCAGUUGUCUAGUGACUCGGAAUUUGGUUUAAAGAUCCAACGUGCUGCAAAAUUGGUUGAUCAAGAACACGCUCAUGUUCGUGACUCUAAUGAGAACCUCAGUAAUUUGACUAGCUUAAAGGUGGUAGGUGGCAUGAAGAAUGAAUCAGAAAACCAGUUUCUUAUGAAGCUAGGCCACACAAAGACGUCAAAUGCAAGCUCUUUGAAGGUUCCUCUUGCUCUUCCUUCCCCAAAAGCUCCUUCAGAGUCUUGGCUUAAGCGCACUUUACCUACAGUUUCCUCCAAGAAUAUCUCUUCACGGUCUCACCUUGCUGCCGGCAUUCAUGCACCAGCUCAAACUCCCAAUGCAGCAUUACUCGAUUAUCGUGGGCAUCUGCGGUUUGCUGAGGAACUGGCACCAAUUCCGGAAGCCUGAGUUUUGUUUUUUGAGUCAAUGUAAUUAUUUGCUCUUUGUUUUCAUAGGUUGGUCUCCUUUUUGGUUCUAUAUACAUAUAGGUGGUAUAUAUAUAGUUCAAAGUUUAAAACUACAAAUCACAAUUGUCUUUUAAUCCUGUAAAUUAAAAGUAAUAAGUGUUUUUAAUUCUAAAUUGUGUAAAUUACACCAUCUUAAUGGUGAUAUGUUCCUGAAAUAAUUUGGAGCAAAGGUCGUUAGCCCAAAAAUAGUUGUAUCUUCAAAAGAUGCUACAGAGAAUAAUUUUAUGAUAAUUGAAGAUGUUGCUGUUCAA